AUGACUUCGCAGUGUUCGGUGUCUCAUUUGGUGGAGACAGAUAGCCGCUAUGAAGGUUUGAAGCAGAAGUUGAUUGGAUUGGAACAAGGCUCUGAUGAGUAUAUCAAGAGGCUAAUUUUCGAGUGUCCUUUGAGUUUACAUCCAGAUUUUAAGGCAUACUUGGAAAGGCAGGGAGUUGCCAUCGAGGGUACGAAACGGGAAGGGUAUAGCGCCGUCUAUCGAAGCUCGCUUUCGCCGAAUAGCUUGAUAACAUGUCUAGACGAAAAGCUGCAGACGCUUUACGACCACUUUAUGUUUUCUGUGCGGAUGUGGCCUAAGAACGAGUGUUUGGGGAAAAGGCCAUAUGAUCCGGCAACGAAGACGUGGGCUGAGCGUUAUGAGUUUCAGAACUAUGAACAGGUUGCGAAGAGAAUACACAAUAUCGGUAGCGGGUUUCUGUCUCUAGUCAACGUCAAGAGGGGUAAACGGUUAGGCAGUAAUGACUUUAUUGUUGCCAUUCUUUCGCAUAAUAUGGAGCAAUGGGUUUUGUCCGAUCUUGCGUGCCAAGCUUAUGGUUUGACCAACACGGCGCUGUACGAAUCGUUGGGUCCGGAAACUUCUGAAUACAUUAUGAAUCUUACAGAGUCACCACUCUUGAUUUUUGCCAAACAGAAUAUGUAUAAAGUGAUUGAACUGCUACCCAAAUUGAAAUAUAUGAAUACCUUGGUUUGCAUGGAGGAAUUGGAUGAGAAGGAACUCAAAUUACUAAACGAUUCCAUAUUACCAAUCAAGGUCAAUUCGUUAGGUGAGAAAAUUUCAUUAUUUUCACUACAACAGGUAGAAGAUGCUGGUCGUUUGAACGAAAUACCAAUUAGCCCACCUAAAUCAGACGACGUGUAUACAAUUUCAUUCACAUCCGGUACUACCGGUAUACCAAAAGGUGUUGUAACAACACAAAGACAACUUACUGCAGGUGUUGCUUUUGUCUUUGCUACAUCAAAAAUUCCAAAACAUAAAAGAGCUGCACAGCUAAGAUAUAUGUGUUUUUUACCGUUAGCUCAUAUCUUACAAAGAAUGCUUACAGUUUAUUCGUUGUCUCGUGGUAUUGGAAUUGGUUUUUUACACAAACCCGAUCCACUUGUAAUGGUUGAAGAUAUGAGACUUCUAAAAGCAGAUUUUGCUACACUGGUACCACGUAUUUUAACCAGAUUUGAAGCAGGUAUUAAAAGUUCAUUGGAAAAAAGCAGUUUACAAAACAGUGUAGCAACAAACUUUUUAGAUGCCAAACAACAUAGACUUCUAGAAAAUGGUGGUCCUGAUAAAUCAUUACUUAAUACUUAUGUUUUCCAUCGUGUUUUGAUUGAGAAAAUUCGUGAUUCAUUAGGCAUGAAUAAUUGUGAUUUUAUCAUUAUGGGAUCCGCACCAAUUUCUCCAGAGACGUUAAUUUUCUUAAGAAGUGCGCUUGAUAUGGGUAUGAGACAAGGCUACGGUAUGACCGAAGCAUUUGGUGGUAUUGCAGUGUCUGAAUCAUAUGAAAAAGACCCAGGUACCUGUGGACCAAUUUCUUCUUCAGUUGAAUGUAGAUUAAGAUCUGUUCCUGAAAUGGGAUAUGACGCAAAUGAUCUAAAAGGUGAAAUUCAAGUUCGUGGUGCACAAGUUUUCCAAGCAUAUUUUAAAAGACCCGAUGAAACAGCAAAAGUUAUUGACUCGGAAGGAUGGUUUUCUACAGGUGAUAUUGGUUCGAUCGAUUCAGUUGGUCGUAUUUCGAUUAUAGAUCGUGUCAAAAAUUUCUUCAAAUUGUCGCAGGGAGAGUAUAUCGCACCAGAAAAAGUUGAAAGUCUCUAUUCUGCUUCUUCUCCUCAAUUGACACAAAUUUUUGUUCACGGUGACUCUCUACAAUCUUAUUUAGUUGGCAUUGUCGGUAUUGAUGUUCAAAAGACUAGAAGGCAUUUAGCUUCAAAUUUUCCAGAAGUAGGACAUAUGAACGAUAAACGAUUCGUUGAGGCAAUGAAUAAAAGUAAGGACUUGAGAAAAUGUUUCCUUUCGAUGAUUAAUAAAAACACCCCACAUUUACAAGGUUUUGAAAAGUUGCAUAAUAUCUAUGUCGAUAUUGAUCCAUUUAAAGUGGAAGAUGAUACAAUGACGCCAACAUUAAAAAUAAAACGUUUGAAUGCUACUAAACAUUUUAAAUCAAAAUUCAGCGAAUUAUAUGAAGAAGGUUCGUUAAUCAAAGUAGAUAAGUUAUGA